AUGGCCGGAAGAGACAGUUAUUUGCCGUCACCGGCGUUAUCUUCUUCCUCUUUGAGAAUAUCGGAAUCUCAACUGGUCGAAUCCGAUAGAAACCGGACUCGAUCUGCCAUCCUCGAGGAUCAAAUCGCAAUCCAGCACCGCGACAUCCAAUCCCUCUUAACGCACAACCAGAAGCUAGCCGUGGCGCACAUCGGAGUCAAGGAUCAGCUCAAUUUAGCCAAGCGCGAGCUCGCUCUGCUGCUCGAAACCGCCGCGAAAGUCAAAUCGGAAGGGGAAGCUAAGGUCCGGGAGGUUUACCAGAACUCGCUGAGGAUGGAGGCGGAGGCUCGUGUGAUCGAUGGGCUCGUAUCGGAGCUCGAUCAGGUUAGGUCGGAUGUACAGAGGCUAACGGAAGGUAGGCAGAAGCUAGCGACGGAGCUGGCGAUGCUUAACGGCGAGAUAGCUAAGGCUAAACCGAAUUCGGAACGAGCCACGGAGGUUAAGGCGGAGGUUGAGACUCUGCGAGAAGAAGUUAGCAAAGGAAGAGCUGCUCUUGAGGUGGAGAAGAAGACACGAGCGAGCAAUCUUCACCAUGAACGUGGUAUGGAGAAGACCAUCGACCACUUAAAUCGUGAAAUUGUGAAACUUCAAGAAGAAUUGGUUGAUGUGGAGACGAAAGCUAGAGCAGCAGUUGCAGCCGCUGAGGCUGAGGCUGAGGCUGAGGCUGAGGCUGAGGCAGCUCAAAACUCAAGCCCUGGAUUUGUGGCGAGUUAUGGAAACUCAGAUGAUAUUUAUGGAAGCCAAGGCCUCCAAUACCCUGAAGCUAACGGUUCUCACCAGGUAUAUGGAGACUUGGAAUUGGACUGUCUUCCUCAACACCCGCCUAACAAUACUCAACACUCUAGUGCACCCUGA